AUGAUUUUCCUCUGGGCACUGGCAUUUGUUCUAGUCCUGCAGGAGCAGGAUCCUUUAGCUGCUGCAGAUCCUGCCAGUGUGGCACCUGGAAGUUUGGAAGGAGGAAGCUGGUGUAAUGAACAUAUGCUACAUGAACGCUUAGAUAUCAUUGAAGAGAAGGUAAUAAAAACAGUGGAGCACCUAGAAUCAGAAGUCAAAUCGCUCCUCAACAUCAUCAGUGAGACAACAUUGAAUAUCCCCACUGUUCCAGGAACUCCACUUACAGACAUUUUUGAUGUUGGCUGUAUGGAUCUGGUCACCGUGACUGAUAAUGUUCUCACCAACUCUGGUGUCCAGUAA